AUGACCGCCCACAACAUGAGUCUUACGCGCACGGCGAUCCUAAUCCUCUUCGUGAUCGCUUCGUCUCCUAAUUUUCAGGCACAAGUCACAUCUCAGUUCGUGCCCCCUAACUUCAGCAACGAAGGAGCAUGGCAGUUCUUGCAGGCCAGCAUUGGCAUAUCAGCCAUGCACAUGCAGCUUCUAAGAUACGACAAAGUUAUCAUGUUUGACCGUACAGAUUUUGGCCCCUCCAACGUCUCCCUUCCCGACGGUCGUUGCCGGACGGAUCCCUCAGACACUGCUCUCACUGUUGAUUGCACCGCUCACUCUGUCCUUUACGACAUUCCCACCAACACCUUCCGACCGUUGAUGGUUCAAACAGACACUUGGUGUUCCUCUGGUUCUGUUCUCCCCAACGGUACCCUCGUCCAGACCGGUGGGUACAACGAUGGUCAGCUUCGCAUUCGCAUGUUCACCUCUUGCCACGACCAGACCUGCGAUUGGGUCGAAUUUCCAGAUUACUUGUUGAGGCGAAGAUGGUACGCGACUAAUCAAAUACUACCUGAUGGUCGCAUCAUUGUGGUUGGGGGUAGAAGACAAUUCAACUACGAAUUCUAUCCUAGAAACCCCACCCAAGAUUCUUCCUCAUCAACACAAGCUAAUUUCUUUCUUCCUUUCCUCCAACAGACUACUGAUUCCAAUGAAAAUAACCUGUACCCUUUCUUGCACCUUUUACCCGACGGAAACCUUUUUAUUUUCGCCAAUACCCGUUCCAUAUUGUUUGACUAUGACCGAAACCUUGUCCUCAAAGAAUUUCCUCGCAUCCCAGGUGAGGAUCCUCGAAACUAUCCAAGCACGGGCUCCUCGGUACUUCUCCCAUUAAACGAUAAUAAACCAAGUGUUGAAGCUGAAAUCAUGAUUUGUGGGGGCGCACCACGAGCUUCGUUCGACGAAGCCCGGCAGGGGAACUUCAUACAGGCUCUCUCCACAUGUGGACGCCUCAAGGUCACUGAUCCGAACCCAAAUUGGGUGAUGGAGACCAUGCCAAUGCCCAGGGUACUGGGCGACAUGUUACUCCUCCCAACCGGCGACGUCAUUAUCAUCAACGGCGCAGGGCUCGGCACCGCCGGGUGGGAGCAUGGCCGUGGGGCCGUACUUUCUCCGGUCAUAUAUCGGCCUUUGGAGGAGGACUCGGGGUUGCGGUUUAGGGUGAUGUCAGCUGCGUCGAAGCCUAGAGUUUACCAUUCAUCGGCAGUAUUGUUACCGGAUGGAAGAGUGCUGGUAGGAGGUAGCAACCCUCACAUGAACUACAGUUUCAGUGGGGUCGAGUUCCCGACGGAGCUUAGCUUAGAGGCUUUUUCACCGCCGUAUUUGUCGCCGGAGUUUGACCUGAUGCGGCCAACGAUUUUGUACACGACGUGCAACGACGGCCUAGGGUAUAUGGUGCUGUGUCAUAUAACAUUCCGGGUGAGCUAUUACGUCUCAGCAAGUGAAGUUUCAGUGAGGCUGGCGGCUCCUUCCUUUACGACGCACUCAUUUGCGAUGAAUCAAAGGAUGGUGGUGUUGAAUCUCCUGGUGGUGGCACGUACGGGAUGGGAUACAUAUUACACGACAGUGGUAGGUCCAUCCUCUCCUCAGAUUGCACCGCCGGGUUUCUAUCUCAUGUUCGUUGUGCAUGCCGGUACACCUAGUGCUGCUCUCUGGUUGCAACUGCUCUGA